UUGGCUGAAAGACUGAAUAGUGUGGCCGUUGCUAGGGUACGGCAAGGUAAACAUAUUUCCACAGCAACGAAUCAACACUCAACAAUGGGGAAUCUGUUAUAACUAAUGUUCUCUUUCUUGUCCGCUUCAAAGCUAUAUAACGAGGAACUGCGGGAGGUUCUGGUGAAUUUGACUUUGGUUCUGGUGUAGUCACGUGAAUAUAUUAGCGGCAGUUUUAGUGACGUUUUGGGUAUAUACUCGUACAUUAGAAAAUUAGCUUGAGAGAUGGCACGUACAAAGAAAGCGGCGUUUUAUCACAAAGGUGGAAAGAGGCCUCAAUCAAACUUUGGGAUGAAAAUAGCUCAAUUUAGUGAGCCUUCCAAAGGAGGAGUGAUGAAACCCCAUCGUUACAAGCCAGGUACUGUGGCUCUUCGAGAAAUUAGACGCUACCAGAGAUCUACAGAUUUGCUGAUCCAUAAGAUGCCAUUCCAGCGUCUCGUUCGUGAGAUUGCACUAGACUUCAGGUCAGACAUCCGCUUCCAGAGUGCUGCCAUAGCUGCUCUUCAGACAGCCAGUGAGGACUACUUGGUGGCUAUUUUUGCAGACACUAACUUGUGCGCUCUUCAUGCCAAGCGCGUUACCAUCAUGCCUAAGGACAUGCAGCUUGCUCGACGAAUCCGUGGCAUGCCUCUGCAGUAGAUGACUGAAGUCAGGAGGACCAUUACAGGUAACAUGCCAUUCACAACAUGCUCCGUCACUCGACCACAUCGAUGCCACCGUUCGACAAGGAAUUCCAUAUGAGAUACACGUCCAU